AAAAAAAAAACAUCGCGAUAAGAUAACGGUAUAAACAAUCACAGGCACACACACUCGUAUCGAAAUAUCUUCAGCAUUGGAAAGAGUAUCAAUCGAAUUCUAACGAACAAAUGUUGGCUGCCCCGUCAACCCAUUAGUGUUACUGCAGCUGUCCAACGAAAUGGACGAAUCUGAUUUUUCAGUUUUCAAAAAAUCAAGCAAAAAGAAACAUGACAAAGCCGAUGCAACAACCUGCAACAACACGACCGCCGCACACACUGCGGAUGAUCUAAUACCGGAGUUUGAGAAAAAUGUCAUUGUCUCAAUACCCACCGAUGAAGAUGAAUAUCGCGUGGAUAAUCCCCAUAUCGGAAUUGCCUUGAUUUUCAAUCACAAAGAAGUCAAGGGUGAAAAGCAGCGAGCCGGCACCGAAAAAGAUCGUGAUGAUAUGCAGGCGACCCUCUUGAAAUUCGGAUUUGAUGUUCGAGUCUAUAAUGAUUUGACCUUUGCGGAAGUUACUGAAACCUUAAAAGCAACAUCCAAAGAAGAUCACAGUCAAAAUGAUUGUCUGGUGGUUGUGGUAAUGUCGCACGGUCUGGAGGGCAAAGUAUAUGCUCGUGAUAUGGCAUAUCCGGUGGAACGUUUGUGGAAUCCAUUUUUGGGUCAAAAUUGUAAAUCAUUGAUUGAUAAACCCAAGCUGUUCUUUAUUCAGGCCUGUCGAGGAGAGAAUUUGGAAAAGCCUGUUACCUAUACACGAUUUGCUCCCAUGUCACGGGCUCUAGAUGCCACACCAGCCAAACCCCAACCGGUAACCUAUGCCAUACCAAAUACAGCGGAUAUUUUGGUUAUGUAUUCAACGUUUGAAAAAUACUAUUCCUUCCGCAAUGUGGAGAACGGUUCAUGGUUCAUACAGACUUUCUGUGAGGUUUUUAAUCACGCUGCCGCAACUACUGCUCUCUCUGAAAAAGGCGCUGAAUUGCUACGUCUUUUAACCGCUAUCAAUCGAUUGGUGGCCUACGAUUAUCAGUCAAAUGCCAAGGUGGAAGCCCUGAAUCAAAUGAAGGAAAUGCCAAAUUUUAUGUCAACUCUGACGAAAAUUUUCUAUUUGCAUGUCAAGAAACCAAAAGAAUGAUACAAAACAGGGGACGAGGGGUAUUAACUGUCCAACGGAAUGAGUCAUUUAGAGCAAAAUUAAAUUAAAAUUGUGAUUAGAACAAAAAACUAAUGAAAAAGAAAAAAACGUACAAUUGAAGUCCAAACACUUUGUAUUUAGUGAUAUGACAAUAUAAGUUGACCGCGAGCAUAGGGGUCUUAUGAAUAAAAAUAUAAUUCCGACAUA